GCAUCCCCCAGUGUCCAGGGGGGAGGCGGCGGAACGGCAACUCGAGGUGAUCCUGCCGCUCUUGCAAGGCUCGCACUGCACUGUUUCAUGACGACGGCGGAGGGACAGAGGAGGAAGGGAUCGCGCUAAGGACCAACGGUUGGGGGCGAGAAAUUGACUGCACUGCUAUCACCAUGUGGCCGUGUGUAUUGAUACUGGUGUGGGCGGCCCUGAGCGAGGCGACGACGGGACCUCGAUCUGCUUUUGUUCAGCGCCUCGAACCCAUCGACUUUGUGGGCACUGAUUACUAUUUGACGGGCGGGAACAGCGGUGGAAGCGGUUCCAUGUUGGAGGACUUGCGCCGAGGACACGAAGGCCUUAUGGUCAAGCUCAACGAUGUGACGAGAGCUCUCAAGGAGGACGAACUGAAGCUGAACAACGUAUUUUACAAGCUGGGCCGCCACGACAACGAUUUAGAAGGCGUCAGUGAAAAUGUGCAGAAACUCUCUUCAUCUUCUAAGAAAAUUGAGGCGAAACUUAACAAACACGCCUUCAACGUGGACUUCCUACGGCGGCGCAUCGAGCGACUGCAGCAGGAAAAGAAGGCGGAAAACACUCUGGAAGGACAGUUAUCGGCUGCCAGGGAAAUCAUAGACCGCUUGGAAAACCGCCUCACCGACGCCCUCAUCCGCCUCGGAAAUGUGGAGAAUACGACCCGCACUUUGGAGAAACGGUCGGUGGUUUCUCACUUCCCGGAUCUGCUUGGCCCGCCCAUCGCUGCCGCUGCCCGCCCGCCCACCUUAACGGUGUACCCGGCGACACACACAGGUGGAAAUGUGGCAGGUGAGUGCGGCGGCGACUGGGAGAGGAUCGGCCUCGGGUGCUACUGGUUCGGUGUCGAGGAGCUCACCUUCCCGGAGGCCGUGGCGUCGUGCGUGCGUCGCGGAGGCCACCUGCUGACGCUCAACCCGCCCGGCUCCCAGCACGACCUGCUCAUGGCCCGCCUCGCCGACGGUACUACUUACUGGACCAGCGCCACAGAUGCCUUCAACAAAGAUGACUGGGCCUUCCUCAUGACAGCCCAACCUGUGUUGCCCUCUCACUGGGGGACCGACCAAGAGAACAGCCUGAGCAACCACCAACGCUGUGCAGGCGUGGCUAGCAUAGGCCUCCUCAAGCAGCGCUGCACUCACCGUCAGCCGUAUAUCUGCCAUAUGUUUUAAAGUGGUCCGAGAGGAACACAAGCUUGAGUUGGGGACUGGCACAUCUAGAUAUUUAAUUUUUUGAGUUAAAGAAAUAUAUAUAUAUAUAUUUUUUUUUUUGGUAAGGUGCAUAAUUGGGGAAAUUUAGAUGUGAGAUAGCUCCCACUGUAUACACCCUGCUCUGUAGUUUUGCGUAAUUUAUUCAUAAAAUGAAGAAUAUCUGAUUCUCUGUCCACUUCCAAUGUACAAAAUGUGUCUAAGUAAAGAUACAGUCUCCACUGUAUCUGGGUCAGAAUGCUAACACAUGGGAUAUAAACAUGAAUAAUCACACUCUCAUUAAAAUAUUGAUACAGGGUUUAGCCAAUCUUUUUUUAAUUGAUCUUGUAUUUAUCUGUCCUAUAGGAACUUUUUUUGUAAGAAAAAAUAUAUAUCUUGUAUUUUUUGUAUACUGACUAGUAAAUCAGUAAUUUUUCAGCACAUAAAAAUCAUAUUUGAUAAAAAGCAUCAUGACUACAUAGUAAUAAUGGACCUCCCCUGAUUUUAUUGUUUAAUACUGAUAACCAAAGUAACAUUUCUGGGACUCCUUUGGAGCUGUAGACCAGACUUAGCUAGAGUUUAUUGUAUUAUUUGUCACAUGCAUAUGAAAUAUGAAAUCAUACAAUCAUCACUUUUAUCAUCAUCAUUUGUCUUUCUUACAGGAGCAUUUAGUCCCUGUCAGUAACCUGUAAAAAGAUUUCAUGCUCUUUCCAAAGAUUAGUCAUAUUUCAUACAUGCUGUACAUUGUACUUAUAAUCUUUUAAAGUUCUCCAUAUAGUUAAACAAAUAGGUGAUGUUUAUUAAGUUAUAUGUAAUUGCCUUUCACGAAAGCCUGCCUCAUUAUUAAGUUUAUUGAAAAUGUUAACAGUACUGUUAUUUUUUAAUUACCAAAUAUUAUAUAUAGUCGGUUUAUGAAGUAAUUGGGGCUUGUGCUUGGCCCUUGAUGUGAUCCUAACUUAUCACUACAAUGGGUUGUCUUUUUAUAAUAAAAACAAACAAGUGCCUUUCUUUUAUUACUUGACUUUACAUGAACAUUGCAUUAGUUAUUUAGUUAAUAAUCAAUUUAAUAGCAUAACACUUUAUAUUAAAGAAAAAAAAAAAACAUGUAGGUUUCAUGUUCAAAUGCAUUUCAAUAAUUCAGUGUCUUUCAAAUGCUGCUAACAUGAUGACUAGUUGCAUGAUUUAGGUAUGGUCUAAUUCAUGAUUUUCUUUUCGUAGUAGAGCAUUAUGGGAAACUGUUCAUACCUAAUCUUAGCAAGGGAUCACCAGUACCUUUGCUUUGAAAAUUCUGGGUCUAGCAUCUAUGCUUCUUAUUCCAGGUAAAAAAUUGUCCUCUGACAUCCCAAAAAAUAUAAAUGCAUUCAGUACCUUUCUAUAUUUGUCUACCAUAUAUAAUCCAUUUGUCCUAUUGGAUUAUUUCUCCUGUAAUACCAUACAAGAAUGCAACUCUAGUCUAUUCUGUCCUUAAUAAUCAUGAUUAAAUCAUACAAACUUA